GCCGGGCUGCCCCAGGCCAUGAAGAUCUGGAGCUCCGAGCACGUGUUCGGACACUGUCGAAGAGAAGAGUCCUUAGCGGUCCACUAGUGAUACAAUGAAUCACUUUACCAUUUCAUCACCGAUCCAUAAGAGAACCGGGGCUUGUCUGCUUGAAUGCAUCGACACCCGUGGGACACGGUGAUCAAGGCGGCCAUGCGGAAGUACCCGAACCCCAUGAACCCGUGCGUGGUGGGCGUGGACGUGCUGGAGCGCGGCGUGGACGGCCGGGGCCGCCUGCACAGCCUGCGCCUGCUCAGCACCGAGUGGGGGCUGCCCGGCUUCGUGCGCGCGAUUUUGGGAACCAGCAGAACUUUGACAUACAUCAAGGAACAUUCUGUUGUGGAUCCGUCCGAAAGGAAAAUGGAACUUUGUUCCACCAAUAUCACACUCACGAAUUUGGUAUCUGUGAAUGAGAGUUUGGUGUACACACCUCAUCCAGAGAACCCUGACAAAACUGUGCUCACCCAGGAAGCCAUCAUCACCGUGAAGGGGAUUAGCCUUGGGAACUACCUGGAGAGUCUAAUGGCCAGCACAAUAUCCUCCAAUGCCAAGAAGGGGUGGGCUGCCAUUGAGUGGAUAAUUGAACAUUCCGAGAGUGCCAUCAGCUAACAGAUGCCUCGCCCGAAAAAGUCAAAGAAAAAAAUGAAAGAAGGAAAGAUGGAGAAAGAAGGACGGAUGGAGAAAGGAAAGAGUGAGGAGCGAGCGUGGAAGUGGUUCAGUCACGUCUGGGAGAGGUGACACCUACCGGAACCCUCCCUUUCCGUGGUGACCUCCCAGCAAAGCUUCGGGCCCGGUUGCCAGCUGUGCUGGUCGGUGGGGAGUUCGAGAAGUGCGUGCAAGGAGUGGGCGCCGCUUCCCUGGGCUGGGCUCUGCUCUGGGCACGCUGCGCUGGGCAGGGCUGUGCACUGCCCUCCCCCCCCGAAGUGGAUUCCAGCUUUCACCGGGUUCCCCUGGCAGAGCGCCUCUUCCUCCCUGAUGGCCCUGGUCACUUUGCAAGAGCAGAUCUCUCCUCAUGCCCCCCCUCCCUAGGGGCCUGGCUGCGGUCCCCUCCAUCCUCACAGCAGCAGUGUCCCAACCGCUUUCUGUAGAAGGUGGUCGAGAAGCUUCCUUUGCUCUCAAGAUGACUCUCGUGCAAAGGUAUUCAAAAGGGCAUGGAGCUAUCUGACUGACUGUGGGUUUGGGUGGCCAGUGUUCUUUUUUUGGGGGGGGGAGGGGGUGUUGUUUUGGUUUGUUUGGAACUCUGAUAUAUUUCAAUUUUUUAGUUUUUUCAGUUCAAAAUAAUUUCACUCAGUUAGGUAACAACACCAAGUAAAACAUCUGUAUAUUUCACCGAGAUGUUAACUUGUUUAACUGUCAUACAUGAUAAUUAACCAUUGAUUAAAAACACUAUUCAGUGGGCUGGAAAGAUGGCUCAUGGCUAAAGCGCUUGCUACCCAAGUGUGAGUAUCUGAGUUCGGAUCUCCCCCCCCCCCCCCCCCCCCCCG